AUGCCAGACAGUCCCUGGGCUUGUGUAGCAAUGGAUUUAUUGGGCCCGUUGCCGAAUCACGAUUUUGUAUUUGUAGUUAUUGACUACUACUCAGGAUAUCACGAGCUAAAAUUUAUGAAGAAGAUAACGUCAACGGAAAUUAUUGAUUUUCUCGAGGAAAUAUUUGCCCGACAUGGAUAUCCCAAGUCAAUAACUGCAGAUAACGGGCUCCAAUUUGUGAGCGAAGAAUUCAAGACUUUUUGCAGUACUAAUAAUAUCGACUUGAUGACAUCACCGCCUUAUUGGCCCCAAGCUAAUGGAGAGGUCGAAAACUUGAACCGCUCUCUUUUAAAACGUCUUCAGAUUGCUCACUCGCAGGGUAUGGACUAUAAAAAGGAGAUUCGUAAAUUUACCCUCAUGUAUAAUGUCACUCCGCAUGGCACAACAGGGAAAGCUCCAUCGGAACUUAUUUUUAAUCGAGUCAUUAGAGAUAAGAUUCCAUCGCUGAAUGACGUUGAAGAGAAUGUUAUCGACUCUGAAGCCAGAGACAAUGACAUUGUGAAUAAAGAUAAAGGGAAACAGAGAGCCGAUUCUGACAGAAAUGCGGUCGAUUGCAACAUCAGAGUUGGGGAUAAAGUAUUGAUGCGAAAUACUGUCCACUCUAACAAAUUAUCUACAACCUUUGGGCAAACUGAAUACGAAGUAACGGAACGAAAGGGCAAUGAUGUCGUGAUAUCAGCAGAAGGCAGAGUGUAUCGCAGAAACAUUACUCAUGUUAAGAAAAUUCCAACUGAUUCAUCGCUACCAUCUUUAGCAAGGCCCACGGAGACUUCGGUUGCAGAUCCAGAACAUCACGAACUCCAUCAUGAUCCAGAUGCCGCCGACGAAAGUCCUUUAACCAAUGAAUCAUCAUCGGAACCAUCAUCAAAAUCAUCUAACUUAGAUACGGGAGGAUCCAGGCCGAAAGUAACGAUGAAGCUUAAGAAAAAUAGAGGAGGGAUGUGGCAACCCGCUGAAUAG